AUGUCUAACUUUAUUGAUAAAUUAUCCAACAAAAUCCAAGGUAACCAAGGUGCUGAAGGUGCUCAACAAGGCCAAUAUGCCGACCAAGGUUAUGGUCAACAAGGCCAAUCCACAAGCAGAGCUGGUCAACAAAAUCUAAGCUCUGGUGCUGGUGGUAGAGAUCAACAAAUCCCAACCUCUGGUCAACAAGAUGCUUAUGGCUCAUCAGGCUCUCAAGGUUAUGGCCAUCAAAGCUCUACCCGUGGUGCUGGUGGUGUCGGUGGUACUCAACAAGAUGCUUCAUAUGGUUCUUCAGGUUUGAACCAAGGUGGUUCCACUGGUGCUUAUGGUUCAUCAGGAUCCCAAGGCUACUCUAGCUCUGGUGGUGAACACAUUCCAGGUACUAAGGGCCAAUCAUCAUCUGGUGCUUAUGGUUCAUCCGGCCACUCUGGUGUUGGUUCUGGCUCUACAGGUCGUCAUGGUGCAGGUUCAUCAGGUUAUGAUGAUGACUUGAGCUCUGGUAACCAAGCUGGUGGUUUGGGUUCAUCAGGUUCCCGUACAACUAGAUCACAAGCUGCUGCUGGAGGUGCUGGCUAUGACCAAGGCUCUAGUGGUCUCGGUGGUGCUGGCUCUCAACAACAACAUCCAUCAUCUGGUAUGGGUGGUGUUGGUGGCUCUUCUGGUGGUGCUUCUGGUGGCCAAGGCCAAUUUGCUCAACAAGCUCAAGAAUUAGGUAAAAAAGGGUUUGAAAGAGGUGUCCAAGAAGGUCAAAAAUACGUUGGAAGAAACCUCUAA